ACGAGAAAGAGAAAUCACAGGAGCUGAAAUAUCCUGUUCUAAAUAUUGACGUGAGGUGAACCUGAGGUGAAGAUGAGAAGGUUUUCGCUGGUUCUCCUCUUCCUGACCUGGACGUACGGAGGUGCAGACGAACCCUCGUUACAAGCCGUUCUGUCCCAAAAGGGGCUGCAGAAAGUGAGUCACUGGGCGAUGGACUGGUUACAGAAUGAACUGGGCAGCGUUAAGAUCCCGGAUGUGAGUGGACGUGUGGACAUCCUGGUCGGAUCGGUCGAGUACGAGCUGCAUGACAUGUCCAUCGUCCGCUGUGAUUUGCCGGAACCCGCUGUAGCCUUUUCGGAGGGGACGGGCGUGUCUCUGAAAGUCAACGGCCUCUCCAUGGCGAUCAACGGCUCUUGGAAUACACGCUUCGGCAUCAUUCACGACGGCGGCUGGUUCGAGCUGGCGGUGUUUAACGCUGAUCUCAGCACAGUGCUGCAGGUGGGGAGUGAUGAGCGCCGCCUCUCCGUCUCCACCCUCAUCUGUUCCGCCGGGGUGGAAGAUGUGCAGCUGAACUUCCACGGAGGCGCCAGUUUCAUCAUUAACGAGUUGGUGAGUUGGUUCCGUGGGUACGUCAUGACUGAGAUCCGUGUGAAGAUCUGUCCAGCUUUUAUUAAAGGAGUUGAGGAGCUCGACAGUCACCUAGCAACAAUGUCUGACGCUCUGCAAGUGGAUCCUUUCGUCUACAUGAACGUUUCUCUGACAGACGAGCCCAUUUUGAAAAACACUGGAUUAGAAUUAUUCGUAAAGGGUGAGUUUUACAGCGUCCGCUCCCCCUCUGAGCCGCCGUUUCCUCCCAACCAUUUUGAGCUCUCAUGGCGGGAAUCCUACAUGCUGACCGUCGGCGUGUCCGAGUUCCUGGUGAAUUCGGCGGCGUUCGCGUAUCUCAGCGCGGGAGCUUUACAGAUAAACAUCACAGAGGACAUGAUCCCGAAGUCCUCUCCACUUCACCUGAACACCAGUCAGUUUGGAUUUUUGAUUCCUCAGCUCCCGAAGCUCUAUCCCAACAUGCUAAUGGAGAUUGUGCUGUAUGCCCGUGAGCCGCCGCUCGUCUCCUUCAAUAACACACUGAUCGAUGUUCAGUUAUUCACCACCGCCAAAUUCUACGUGGUACAAAACAAACACGGCCUGAUUCCUCUGUUCAGACUGGAUCUGGACGCCUCACUCAGUGCUAAAGCUUUUAUUAAACAGCAGUUACUGAUGGGUUCUGUGGAGAUGACAAAUUUCACCAUCAGACUCGAUUCCACCCAGAUCGGCGACUUUCCAAUCUCACCGAUCAAUAACGCAGCCAAAUUAAUCCUGAGCAAGUUUCUUCUUCCAAAGAUCAACAACGAGCUGAAGGACGGUGUUCCGAUACCCAGCGUGAGGGGGUUCAGUCUCCAGAAUUCAGUGCUGACUGUUGAAAAUGGGUUUUUAAUGAUUGCAGCGGACGUUGGUGGCCCCGACGACAUGCAGUGAGACAAACUCCCACCUUACCGAGCACAAACUGUAUUUCUGUCUGGAAAAAUCUUCAAAUCCCAAAGUUUAAUCAGAAUAUAAUGAAUUAUUAUCUGUGUACUGAGCGUAAAUAAAAUACAGUGCAGCCUGGGUUUAUUAUUAUUAUCAUUAUUAUUAUUAUUAUUAUUACAGAAAUGUUAAU